CGGAGUGGAGCUGGACCUCGACGUGGAGCAUCUUCAUCUAAAAAAGCAGGAGGCUCUUCGUCAGCGUCACUAUCCGCAACUGCGAAGACAGUUUUGACGACCAGUGAAGGAAUUGGGGAUGCAGAAGGACAGCCUUCACUCGCAUCGGUAGAAGGAAAACCUGUCGAAUCCUUGCUGGAAGAGACCGCUAGAGGAAUUCCCAAUACUUCUGGAGAACAAAUGGAUGCGGCAGUGGCCGGCGGACCGGACGCGUCGACUCUAGCACUAAAUGGCGCAGCUAACAAGUAUCUCAAGACGAAUGAAGCUCGAAGGAGACUUAACCCGCCUUGCGCUGAUUCAACUUAAGAAGAGGGCUCGGGCUCUCUAUAAUUCAUUCUACAAUUGAUGAAAGGGCCAUGAGCUUCAUUUCUCUGCAGUCCCUUCUCCAUCUCGGAUUCUGCUCGCACUAAAAAGAAAAAAUUUAAGAUCAUGCACACUCGGUAGAAUUCGACCGUCUACGUCUAGCACGACAUGAUUCACGAAUAUGACCGCUUCCUCUAAUAUUCAGAACAAGAACUACACGGACUCGAUAACGGCGAAGUCGUCGAAGACUGCCGCUUUACUCCGCGACUACUACUCAAUCGAGAUAGAUCGAAGCAAAAAUGGGCCUUCGAAUUGUUACGGAGAGAGCAAUCCAUCUGCGUGUGGUCAUCAGAGCAGGUGAAAAAUUUCAUCGGAAAACAACACCUUCUCCUUGGUUUCAACAACAACACCGACGCCGACGUUGGAAGUUCUAGGGAGAAACAUGAUCUUGACGGCCAAGAAGAGUCAUCAGGUAGCAGAAGAAGUGGAGGCAACGCUCUUCGGGUCACGAACAAUACUGAGGAUGGUCUUUCGGGAGAAGGAAAAGAUGCUUGGUUACAACAGCUCUUUCUCUCUUGCACGACUGCAGCGACGUUACAGGACCAAGUCGCCAAAUUCGAAAUCGCGAUGGGCGAAAAAGAGAAAGCCAUAGACUUUUUAGCCUCCGAGUGUGAAGCUGCAAGGCAAGCGCUUGCGGAAACCGAGCAACGCAGUACCGCAGAGAUCCAAAGAUUACGGCAAGUUGCUCUGGAGGCCACAGCUGGAGAACACAUAGGGAUAGACAAUGACAAGCAACCCGUUAUCCGUGACCUGCAGGAGCAAUCUUUUGUAGCCGAGGAUGGAUUACCAUCAGCAGAAGGUGCAAUCGGCCAGAACGAGGCAAAAACACUAACGGAUACCACAAACGAAAAUUCAUCGUUGGCAGCCAUUGCUCAAGCCCAGCGAGAGUUCCUAGCUGCACUCACCGAAGAGCAAGCACCGAUUGGGAGUAGCCACGAAGAGGAUGACAAUUCUCUGUCGCUCUUGGAGAGCUGCAGGACUGAGGUUUUGGCUGUAGAGAAAUCAGUGCAAGUUUUUGGCAGUGUUCGGAAUACCACUACUUCUAGCGAUCCUGAACGAGGACAAGCUUCUGGGGGUGAAGGGAAGGGAGCAGUAAUAAAAAUAGCGGAAGCAGGAAAUGAAAAUGCGCCGCAACCGCAAGAUGACAGCGGAGCGUUGCAAGAGGUGCUACCUGUUGUUCCGCCCUCUUCGGCUACGGUCGGAGAAGCGGCGCAGAUGGUGGAUUUGACUGCGGGUCCAGAUGGCACACAUUUGAUCGAGGAGUUGCUUCCGGUCGCGUCGCCACCUCCCAGCGACAAGAAAGUGAUUUCUUCAUGGGCCUCCGGCUGCACGGCAAUACAAACUUCUAUCGCACGGAGCGCGGAUUUUGAUCUGGAGUCACCAGCUUCUUCAUCAGGACUCUGCGGCUCGCAGAUCCAGCGGUCGGCGCAGAAGUUCGUCAAGGCUGACCCAGAUUCAAGUCCCCUUGACGAGCGAGCAGACGCACCCGGGAGCAGUACGGAGUCAAAUCUAGUAGCUGGUGGAGGAGGUGGUCGACAAAAUAGUAGCUCAGGUGCUCGCGCUGGUACUUCAUCAUCAUCAUCAUCAUCAUCAUCAUCAUCAUCUAUUAGUAGUAUUCCAACCAGAUGGACAGAUGGGGUGGGUGGAACGCAAGAGGGUCGUGACAAAAUCAGCCGCCCAGGAGUCGCAAAUUACAAUCGUGCGCCAGGACAGAAACUACUUUCGGACGAGCAAAGCGAAGGAGCCAAUAGCCUUGUCGUUGCCGACGAAAAUACUGGCGCGUCGCCAGGUGGGUCGCGCGGCGUCAAAUUUGCUGCAACUUAUGAAAGUGCGGAGUUUGCGGAGGAUGAUAUGUCGAUUUCAUCUGUCCGACGCUCCCUAGAUGAGCAAUUUGAAUCUUCCCGUUCGUCGAUAAAAAAUAGACUGGGAGGCAGAAUGGGCACCGGCGUUGUGGGACCUAGUAGCAGUACAACAGCUUCAUCAUCGUCUUCUAGGGGUCGUGUCUUUUCCUCAGGAAGCACUGGAGGAGGUGCAACGGGAUCACGAAUUUUUAGGAACAAGGUUGCAGGAAAUUCCGGGUCGAGAGUGACUUCUCCUGUGGUAUCACCCAGUUCGGGCUUACAGUCUGCGUUUCAAAGACUUCUCCCACAGCAGCACGCGCUGCUUGGCCGCAGUCCGGGAGGUACGGCAGACUUCUACCCUUGUGGCUACUCCGUUUCCAGCUCUCGUGUAGAUCCAACCACAAGAAAAUCAGUGCAGCCCAGUCGCACAAUCUAUGGAAGCAAAUCACCAACGUCAUCCACGAGCCCCGUAGGUGCAGGUGAUUCUGUCCCUGUCACUCCAGCUGGUGGCCAGAUUGACACUGAAGAUCAGAGGAAAAUGAGCACCAGCGGUUCGUCUUCAUCCUCGACCGCUGCAAGAAAUGUGAACAGAAUACCAGUCGAAAGCGAUGGAAUGAAUGGUCUUACGGAAACUGUUUUGGAUCAAAGCGAGGCGAGAACGACGUCGAGGGAGAUCAAUGCCGCAAUCGUUGCUGGCGGGCGUCUUUCAUCCUCUUCAGCAUCUGCUGACGCAACCACCAGUACGAUAGCACCAAACUCGUCUCGUGUCUUUCGCAUGCAACGCCGUUCCACGGGACCGUUCCCCUCUACCUCUCAGACGCAAUUUUCGUCCCCAAAAUACAGUCCGAGACUGCUCUCUCAGCGACCGAACUUCGCAGGGAGCCUGAGCCCUCGAAUAUCGUCUAUGGCAGGUGUCUUAUCCCCACGGCUGAAUACCAAAGACCUUUCAUUCACAUCAACCGCGACGACUCGGAAAACCUUCCCCCAGCAUUCUCCAGAGCAGAUGAACAGCAAAGCAGUGGAAGACCCCUUGAUGGCCUCCGUGUCCGUGCCUAUGCAGGUGUCGACAGCGACCUCAUCGGGAGCGACUACCUCGAUGCCAGUACAUGUCAAAAGUAGCGGCCGUCCACCACUGGGAGGGGGCGCGGCCGCAGAUGUAUCCGGCAGUGUCUCCUUGAGUUCACGUGAAAGCUCGAAACAGCCGAAUAGCGGUGCAGCAACUACUACAACAACAACUCGAGGGAGACCAAAUAAACUUCCUGGGACUUCUUCGAGUAGCGCUAGUAGAGGGAAGAACAUCAAGAGCGGCAGCUCAUCCUCAUCAGUCUCGAGUGCAGUGCCCGCACCUCGGCGGGCGGGUAGCGAGUCACCAGGUGUAGGCGCAAGUCCCGAGGAUACAACGCCAGCCUACGUGCAGGAUUCCCCUUUGAGUCGAUGCAGUUCGUCUCUGCUGGGCAAAAGUAAGAACAACCUCUCAGCAAGUCGGUUCCUUCCUCCAACGGCGGAUACCUCUACUUUGCAGCCAAAUAAGCAGGGUGUGAGUGCCAAAAACAGCAUGCUUGCAGCAGUGCCGACGCCAUCACUCCUAAACAGCACUACUAGCGAUUUCCUAAGUCGCUCCCUUUCGUUUUCAAACGGGGGGAAUAAUGUGUCGACGAAUUCAAUAGCUGCAUCUUCGAAUCUGCUAUUUCCGAAUCGAUCCGGAGUUGGAGGAGGGUCUGGUGCAGCUACGUCGAGUUCCCGAGUCCCUCAAUCUCCAGCUGCAUUUGCGAUGAAUCAGGCCCGACUACUCGUACAAAAUCAUCUGGCUGGGUCAUCGUCCAGCACAAGUGGAGGCCCCGCUACGAGUAGCAGUUCCGCAUGCUCCAGCUCGAGUGAGGGUCCGCGGCCGAUAGAUAAAAGCGACGUCCGAACAAAGAAGCCUGCAAGACAACCGCUCCCGGAAAUGGUUGCGAAAAUGAAGACCCGUCUCACUGCAACGUCACCUGACGGACGUACCAUAAUUCAUCAUGAUACCUCAACAUCAUAACAAUUUAUCAUCCGGUCUAAGUAUCUAUAUUAUAAGUAACUACAUCUUCAUACAUCAUCAAGACGAAGACAAUGAAGUUGAACUGGCUGAACUGCUAGUGCUACACGACUCACCACGGGCACGGGAAGACGUUCACCUUCCUCCGCCAAUGCUUCGACGACUAGCUAAGAAGUCUUUCUUAUUAAUUUCAGACUUGUUCUACAAAAAUCAUAAUCAAGAAACAAAAACAAUAAAACAAGGUCUCUUGCAGUACAAGCCUCUCUUUGUUUCGCCGCAAGUAUCACCACGACUGAGUCCGAAAAGCCUAAUGACGAACGUGUCCCCAAGGCCGGUCGCGACGCGCGUCACGAAGACUGAGCCCGUUUUCCUCUCACCCACAGAUGAAAAAGUAGUGGCUCCGACACCGACAGAGGAGCAUGUUGAUACGAAGAAAAGCCUCAACAAAACCGAAGAACGAGAUAAUGAACCAGAACUAUUCGAAGACGCCGCGGAGGGAGUGUGACCGUGAGCGUGACUUACAUUUGUAUGUGCAAUCAAAUGCAACCUCGGCGACGGGACGACCACAUAGCUGCACACCUGACCCACAUUCACACGUGCAACCUCGGCGACGGGCACACGCACAGAUAGCACUUCCACAAAUCAAUAGGACUAAUAUGCUGCA